UCAAUCCACACAAGAUUCUAUCAAGCGGAAUAUGAAUCACCCACUCUUUCGUAGCCUAGUUGACGAAAUUUAAAUACGAUCACGAGGUCACUAUAUAAGAGAGGACAGUAAGAAAAAAACAUAUACCAAGUUGUCAUUGGGGUGAAAGGAGCGCAAGAACGAGAACUUCACACAGUAUUCGACAUGGAGAGGUCCGUUAAACUUGCUUUAGUAAUUGUAGCUAUUUCCAUGCUGGUUUCUUGCAACCCAACCGAAGCAUGGUACAAGCAGGUUUCUGGCCCCAGCUACUACUCGGUGGGCAGAGCAUCGGGUUUGCUGUCCGGGAUCCGGAGAUCACCAUAUGUUAGGAGGUCCGAGACCGAUUCGGUGGCGGACAGCAGAGAGUCUACGGUGAACAGCAUCCUCUCGGAACCGAGCAGUCGACUGAAUUCGGUCCUUAAAUCUAUGGCUAUUUGUAUCAAAGAUAUCACACCGAAUCUGCAGAGCUGCGAACUUGUUCAGGAUGGCUCAAGGUUAUUUCAAUGUAAAGCAGACGUGUUCGUAUCGCUCGACUCAUUGGACUGUGUGGAAGCAUGAUCAGCACCGCGAACGUGGAUGGACUGAUAAUGUUCGAUGGAACCGAAUGUUUCUUAUUUUCACAUAUGGCACAAAUGUUGUGUGAAUGUCUGUUUUAGCAUACUGCCAUGCACAGUCUGACUACUACUUCCCCUAACGGGUAAUAGCCAAUUUGUCUGUUAAAUCAUAUUAUGUAAUGCAUAGCAAUGUACAUAUGUAUUAAUUUCUUUGUUUAAUGAAUAAAUACAUCUUAUAUUGCACUCAAAUUAUUUUGCCCUAUAGGUCAAAAUUCAUCCUGCUUCACACAUUUGUACAAUUCUCACCCAGACACCUAUUUGUAUGUAAAUGUUUUAAGACACAUUUUAGACAACUCAAAUAGGUCAUAAUGCAAACCACUCAAGCUUGUCAUACAUCUGCCGCUAUCUUAAAAUAAUUCUCAAAGACCAGAAGGCCUGUACAUUAUUUUAUUGAAUUAAAAACACAUGUCAACACCAACAUGAUUUUGGAAAAAAAUUCCAAAUGAGGAAUGUCCAUCCAUAUUAGUAAAUAUUACCUGUUAAAUUAUAU